AUGCCCGAGCUCAGGGCGCCCAGGAAGGUCGUGGCCCUGGCGACAUUCUAUGUCCUCCUCCGCAGACGGCAGACCAUCAUGUUCAGUGUUUUCCUAAACAUGAAAGAGAAACCCUCCCUCCUGGUGAACAGACACAUGGUUCUAGGGUUCAUGUUCUCCACUAUUAGUCCUCUCCUGAUGAUUCACUCCACGUCUUUCUGCCCCCCGAUCCAUGAACCUAAGCCCACAGACUUGAUUAUCACCCACCUGGCCCUGGUCCACGCCAUGAUGCUCCUCACCAGGGUGGUCAAAGAGGCAGCGUCAGCCCACGGUCUGCAUCUGCUACAGGCUGACAUCAGGUGUAAGGUGUUAGCAUUUGUCUACUGCGCUACACGUGGCACAUCUAUGGGCACCACCAUUCUCCUGAGCGUGAUCCAGGCUAUGACUAUUAGCCCCAGCCACCCCUCUUGGGCCCAGCUCAAUGCCCAGUUGGUCAAGCAUGUCUUUCCGGCCUGUGUCAUCAUCAGGCUCAUCAACCUGCUCGUGGAAGCCAACCUCCUCAUAAAGCUGGUUUCAUCCCCCAACGUGACCAUUAGAGAGAACAGGUUCCAUGGAAAUUACUGCAUGGUGUCCCAGAAGAGCACGUCCAUUAGCGCUCUGCUCCAGGGGCUGUUUCUGACCCUCAUGACAGUCAGUGAUUUCCUCUCCUUAGGGCUCACGGGAAGCUCCAGCGACUACAUAGUCCACCUACUGCUCUGCCACAGCUGGCGGGUCCGCCAUCUCCAUGGCCGCUGCCUGACUCCCAGGACCUCGCCAGUGACCCAGACCACCCAAACCAUCCUGCUCCUAGUGAGCUGCUUUGUGGCCUUUUACUCUGGAGACCUUGUCCUCUCUCUCUUCCUCGGGACAACCCGGAGAAACGAUCCCUUCCCCUUGGUGAUUUCACACUUUAUGUUCAGUGGUUACCCGACCGUCAGCCCCUUUGUGCUGCUCAACCAUCACAACCAGAUCACCAAAUUCCUGGGUUCUUUUUUAGGGAAAAAAUGA